AUGGCCUCAAGAAAUGACUCCCCCAGAAACUUCCACAUCUUUGGCAAGGGAAUAUCAUUCAGUAUUUCGCCUACAAUCCACAAUGCCGCAUUCCAACAUUAUGGCCUUCCAUUUAACUACACGAUUCGCGAAUCUGACAACAUCGACGGAGUGGCCGGCUUGAUAAAAGAUCAUGCCUUUGGUGGAUCAAGCGUUACCAUGCCACACAAGCUCCAAGUCCACAAGUUCUGUGAUGAACUGACCGAGACAGCUCAACUGAUUGGCGCUAUCAACACGCUCAUUGUUAAAGGCGAGGGCAACCAGCGUACCAUUAUCGGUGACAACACAGAUUGGUCUGGUCUGUACAGUAUCAUCACUGCCCACUCCGCAAAAAUCCAACAACCACCCAAAGUCGGACUUGUCAUUGGCGCCGGUGGUGCAUCAAGGGCUGCCCUGUACGCAAUGUACAAAGCGGGAGUGGAAGAUAUCUACCUUGUGAACCGCACUUUGUCAACUGCCGAGAAAGUGAGGGAUGACUUUGGCCAUGUGUUCAAAAUAAAUGUUUUGUCGGGUCUUUCGGAUCUGCCACAGAAACCAGAUGUUGUUGUUGGCACUGUUCCUGCAGAUACCACUACUGAAGAUCAGUUUGCGUCGUUGUUUGGGAAGCAAGGUCUUUGUAUUGAUAUGGCUUAUAAGCCGAGACAGACGCCUCUUCUUACUGUGGCUCAAAGACACCAUGGCUGGGAUACUGUUUCAGGUGUUGAAGUGCUUCUUGCUCAGGCUUUUGAUCAGUUUGUGCUGUGGACCGGACUGCAGCCCCCAAAAGACGUGAUGACGGAGGCUGUUCUGGCUUUGGAUCGACAUGAGCCUGCGAAGGCUACAGGGGGGAUGCUUUGA